AUGGCUGCCAUUUUCAGAGCUUCUCUUGUCGCCUUUGCGACGUUGGCGUCCUGCACCGAUGCUAGCAAGCUGCUUGGGUUUGAGAACAAGAGACACAUCAUUCCGAACUCCUACAUCGUGGCGCUGAAGGAAGGUCUCCCGGAGCGUGAUUUUGAAACCCAUAUGGCGUGGGUAUCUGAUGUCCAUUCCGCAAACGUGGCAUUAGCCGGAGGCGCUUCGACAUCUGGAGUAAAGCACACUUUCAAAAUCAAUGGCUGGAAGGGGUAUAGUGGAAGCUUCGACGAAAACACGCUUCACGAGCUCAUUACCAAUGAAAAUGUCGAUUAUAUCGAGCCGGAUCGCAUGUCACACAUAGCAUCUUUGGAUCGUAAGUUUGCUCUGGAAACUCAGAGAAAUGCCCCAUCCUGGGGUCUUGGAAGAGUCUCCCAUAGGCAAGGAAAUAGCCGUGACUAUGUGUAUGAUUCCACUGCUGGAGAGGGUGUGACGGUAUAUAGCAUCGAUACGGGAAUCGAUAUCAAGCACCCAGACUUUGAGGGGCGCGCAUCCUGGGGCAUCAACACCGUAGAUGACAUUGAUGAGGACGGGCAUGGCCAUGGGACCCACACUUCCAGUACGAUUGUUGGAAAGACUUACGGUGUCGCCAAAAAAGCCAAGAUCAUUGCUGCUAAGGUCUAUGAUGCUCGAGGCCGCGGCCCUGAUAGUGCAACUCUUAAAGCAAUUGAGUGGGCAGUGGAUCAUGCCCAGAAAAACAAUCACACCGGUAAAGCAGCCAUGAACUUGAGUUUGGUUACCGACAGUCCCCGGGCAGUGAAUGCAGUUUGCACAAAGGCUGUUGAAGCCGGAAUCUUUCUUGCUGUUGCGGCCGGGAAUGACAACAGGGCCGUGACCAAUGAAUCUCCAGCUUCGGCAGACAAGGUUUGUACUGUUGGUGCUACACGUCUGGGCGAUCAGAAAGCGGGCUUUUCAAACUACGGCCGCCUUGUUGCUCUCUAUGCCCCCGGUCAAUCAAUCACAGCCGCGUUCCCCAAUGGCCGCACCGGGACCAUUUCUGGCACUUCUAUGGCCGCUCCUCAUGUUUGCGGUGUUGGUGCGACUAUCAUGGCCCUCGAAGGUGUUACGCCUCAGAAACUUUGCGACCGCCUCAAGCAACUUGCACACCCUUCUGUUAGGAAUCCGGGGCCCAACACUACCAACAAGCUUCUCUAUAAUGGAAGUGGCCAAUAG